CGGGUCAUAAAAAAACCCUAUUUUUUUCAGCUGUAGUUGCAGUCUGAGUCGCGACAUAUAAAUUAUAUUUCCCACACUGUAAAGAUGAAUAAGGAGAGGCUCAUGAAAAUGGCUGGUGCAGUCCGCACCGGUGGGAAGGGUAGCAUGAGAAGGAAGAAGAAGGCUGUCCACAAGACUACCACCACUGACGACAAACGGUUACAGAGCACCCUCAAGAGAAUAGGAGUGAAUGCUAUUUCUGCUAUCGAGGAAGUCAACAUCUUCAAGGAUGAUGUUGUUAUCCAGUUUAUUAAUCCGAAAGUUCAAGCUUCUAUUGCUGCCAACACCUGGGUUGUUAGCGGUUCCCCCCAGACAAAGAAAUUGCAGGAUAUUCUCCCUGGAAUCAUCAACCAGUUGGGGCCAGAUAACUUGGACAACUUGAGGAAGUUGGCGGAGCAAUUCCAGAAGCAGGCACCUGCCGCCAGUAGUGGUACUGGUGCGACCACCACUCAGGAAGAGGAUGAUGAGGAGGUACCAGAUCUUGUACCUGGCGAGACCUUUGAAGCUGCAGCAGCAGAAGGCCAAGCUGCUAAAUAGUGUUUUAUUUUCUGUUAAAUUUAUCGCUAUGUUUUGGAUGAAUUACAAUUGUUUCUUUGUGACAUUUGUUUCUGGUGCUCUGUCUUGUACUCUUAAGAGUAAGCCUUUUUUUA